CUCAUCUGUCCAAGUUAAGCUAAGCGUAUAGAGUGCAUUUGGUCCCGUACGCAUCGGACUCCUAGGGAGGUAGGCACCGUACACGAUGGCAAAGGUCAAGGUAGGCGUAUUGGGUGCCACUGGCACCGUGGGCCAAAGGUUCAUCCUCCAACUGGCGGACCAUCCUCAGUUCGAGCUGGCUGCACUCGGGGCUUCAUCAUCUUCCACAGGGAAGUCAUACAAAGAUGCGGUGGCAGGGAGAUGGAAGCAAGUCAAGCCCAUUCCUGAGAAUGUCAAGAACGUGACUCUGGUCGAAUGCGAGCCGAAAGAGUUUGUUGACUGCGAAGUAGUCUUUAGCGGGCUCGACAGCGGGCCAGCUAGCACAAUCGAACCUGCAUUCCGAGACGCCAACCUGCGCGUGUUUUCGAACGCACGCAACUACCGCAUGGACCCCGUCUGUCCACUCGUCGUUCCACUUGUCAACCCCGAUCACUUCAGCAUCAUUCCACAUCAACGAUCCACCUUGUCUCCGUCGCCAUCCAAAGGAUUCAUCAUCACAAACGCAAACUGCUCCACGACCGGAAUCGUUGUGCCUUUGAAGGCUCUCCAGGACGCGUUUGGCCCACUCGACAAAAUUAUGGUUUCGACACUGCAGGCAGUUUCCGGCGCAGGCUACCCAGGCGUCAGCUCCUUUGAUAUUCACGACAACGUAGUGCCAUACAUCUCGGGUGAGGAGGAGAAGAUCGAGAGCGAGACGCGCAAGAUCCUUGGAGGUAUCAAUGCAAAUUCGACGGCGUUUGAGCAGCUCGACGAUCUCGCCAUCUCCGCGCACUGCAACCGCGUGCCCGUAUUGGACGGGCAUACUGAGUGCGUCUCUGUCAGCUUCAAGAAACAGCCAGCACCGAGCGUGGAGGAGGUAAAGGAAGUUCUGAGGAAGUACACAUGCGAAGCGCAGAAACUUGGCUGUCAUUCCGCACCUAAACAGGUCAUCACCGUGCACGACGAGCCGGAUCGACCGCAGCCGCGGCUGGAUAGAGACUGGCAGGACGGAGCCGGCGUGAAUGUCGGGCGCGUGCGGAAGUGCCCAGUAUUUGACAUUAAGUUUGUGGCGUUGUCCAACAAUGUUAUGAUCGGCGCCGCUACGAGUUCGGUCAUGAACGCAGAAAUCGCUCUCGCGAAGGGGUAUUUGGCUUGAUGUAAACGAACGAAAUAGAGGAUACAAAAUAUGAAAAGGGCCAGGAGGCGCCUGUUGUCUUUUGUGGAUGGCAAUAUGCAUUACAGGCCGUCUAUCGCGCGGUGGGCCUGAAGAGUAUGUUAAGCAGAAGCGGGCAAUGAAGUGAUCAGCAGCUACUAU